AUGUUUCUCAAGACCAUUCCAACCAUAGCUAUCUUGGCAUCUAGCCUUGUAGCGUCCGCUACCCAGACUUUUAGCAACACCGGCACACUUGCAGGCUGGAAUGCGCAGACAAUUGAGGACAAGGGCAGCAUCCAGGAGGUUACAAAUGUCGUCUACAAGGGCCCCACCGCUCUCAAGAUGACCCAGGUCUAUGAUUCCAACUGGACCGGCCGUUUCCACUCGGAAAAGGCCAAGUCUGCAGUCUACAAGCUCGGCGACCAAGGUUUCUAUGGGUUCGCUUUCCGCCUGCAAGAUGACUGGCAAUUCUCCCCAGCCCAAUCGUACAACUUGGGCCAGUUCAUCGCCGACUUCACAGACACUGGGUGCGAUGAUUGGAUGCCAUCCAGCAUGGUCUGGAUCGUUGGUAACCAGCUCUAUACUCGUCUGAAGUACGGCACGAUCUGCAAGCAGCAGACUCGCACCUUCAGCAAUAUCGCUACAGUGACACCAGGAGCGUGGCAUCGGGUCACCAUCCAGGCCAACUGGCAGUCCGACAAUACCGGGUUCUACAAAGUUUGGUUUGACGGCAACAAAGUCGUCGAAAUAUACAACGUGCCGACGAUGAUCAACGAUGCUCGACCUUUUGACUACCACGUUGGUAUCUACGCCAACGGCUGGCACGACGACGGUGGCAUGAAAGGAACCCAAGGCACGCGGCAAAUCUGGUUUGAUCAGAUUUCUGUUGGUACUACUUUUGCCGAUGCGGAUCCUGCUGCAUGGUAG